UCUUUCUGUGAUUCGUGUCGAGAUUGCCCGCAUCCGCAAGGUUACGCAAUUCUGGGUCGUUGUUACCACUCCCUCGGUUCCAGCCACCACGACCUAGUUUCUCCCUUCAAGCUUCAAAUCCGAGUCUUUAUUCUCUCAGAGCCCCAGAGUAUAUAGCCAUGGUUAUCACUGGCAGCACAACAGCCAUGGCCUUGGAUACUCUGACAACAGGUCUUUCUUACACAUCAAAGUUGCCCGACACAACGGUACCCGCCAGCGACCGAAGCGAUGACAUCGAAAUGGUCAUGCAGGCUGCAGAUAAUUCACAGCCUGACCCCUUCGAGUUUCAGAAAAGCUUGAAGUCAGAUGCUGAAUUAUCCCAGCUUAGACGCCGUCAUAAAGGAAAACGUUUGGAGAAAUAUCACCGCAGACAAAAUGAUCUCAUUUUAUCGCUCCUAAAAUCGAUGGAGGACCACACGAAAGACGCACAGGACGAGGAGGAGGAUGCGCGCUUACCUGUCAAGAUUGCUAUAUGGGCUAGCUUAAUUGCCAACUUUAGUCUCUGCGUACUACAAUUAUAUGCUGCAAUCAGUGCUGUAUCGUUCUCACUUAUCGCAACGGCUAUCGAUUCAAUUUUCGAUUUCGGGAGUAAUCUUUUCCUGUAUAUUAUACACAAGCAAGCAGAACGAAUGGACAUCGGCAAAUGGCCUGUAGGCGGUGCUCGCCUUGAAACUAUUGGAAACAUUAUAUACGGCUCCUUGAUGUCUGCUGUUAACCUUGUUGUAAUCGUGGAGUCUAUCCGAUCACUUCUCUCUGGAAGCAGUGGUGACACGAAAAGUUUCCAUUUACCAUCUAUCCUGGCCGUUGCUGCUGCCUUAGCUGUCAAGCUUGUUCUGUUUUUCUACUGCUUAUCUCUUCGAUCUAAAUCUAGUCAGGUCCAUGUUAUAUGGGAAGAUCACCGGAAUGAUUUAUUUAUCAACGGUUUUGGAAUUCUCAUGUCUGCAGGAGGAAGCAGAUUGCGUUGGUGGCUUGACCCUACUGGUGGCGCUCUUAUCGGUGCUGGAGUGAUCGUAGCCUGGUUGUAUACCAUCUAUCAGCAAUUCUGCCUUCUAGCUGGAAAAUCAGCACCCCAUGAAUUUUUGCAGCUCAUCAUUUACAAGGCAAUGACGUUUAGCGAAGAAAUCGAGAAGAUAGACACGGUCCGAGCAUAUCACAGUGGUCCAGACUAUUUUGUGGAAGUUGACAUUGUGAUGGACGCAAAUACCCCGUUGUGGAAAGCUCAUGACAUCAGUCAGCAACUCCAAGAUAAGAUCGAAGUACUGCCAAACGUCGAACGGGCAUUUGUACAUGUUGACCACGAAACGACGCAUGCCCCGGAACAUCGCAAAAUGAUUUAAUUCUUGAUCUUGAUGCAUACCCCUAUGUGGGCAACAGUGGAUAAUUUUUGAGAGCCCAAGUUGGCCUAGUGUUCCGUUGGACUGACCUGUUUUAAGCUAACCAGUACCGGUGGAUCAGUAUUUAUGUUUGAUCUAUGGCAAUCGAUUGAUAGCGAUCAUAGUCUCUUUACAUAACCACAUUUCAUGACCUACUUUUACUUACCAUUAGAAUUGACUGUGAUACUGCGAUAGGCGUUUGUUCGUUCGAAUAUGUCUUAAAA